AUGGCGGCAGUGAAGGGCAUCAUGGACUCUAUCAAUUCAGCGUGCCGAAGCAAAGGCGGGCACUACGCCGUCUACAGCUGCCAGGUAGUCUCUUGGGAUGAUGUGAGCCGUGGCACAGUGGGCGGGGCUGUCUCUUGCUGGGGCUCCAACAUCACUGAUACCUAUCUGAAGAGCAAGAGCGGUGCCGACCUUUUCACAGUUCGCAGCGACAACUGGAACGAGAAGCUGGGGGUUGUGCCGGCGGAAGAUGUGGCGGUGGUUGCAGGCAGAGGAGGUGGGCCUUUGCAGCCAGUGACUCUGCGCACGGUGCUCCAGCAGUUGGGGCAGUUCGGCAGCUACGCUGGGUUGGACAGCAGUGCUGACCUCUCGAACCCUGCGCUGGAUGCCAAGUGCUCCAUCCGUUUCCAGACCACCUUCAUUCCCGUGGAUGGGCCCGACGGUCGCGGCAAGCUCGAGUUUGCGACGGAGGCGUACAAUUACAACACCAUGGACGAUGCCGACCCGCGCAACCUGGUGCUGCUGUGCACCAGCCAGGGCAUGGCAGUGCAGCAGGAUGGCUGCGGGACCAAGAAGCUCUUCCACCACGGAGUGGAUGACAGUGGCGUCAUCCACCGCUACUGGCUGGAGGCCGAGGAGAGCCGACACCAUGUUGGCGGCGAGCAACGGGAGACUGCAGAAGAGCGGGCUGAUGCACUGGCCCGGGGUAAGGCUACUUCGAGCGUCAUAGGUACGCGCGCCAUGGGCCAGCGCUUCAAUGUACUCAUGACCAUCCAGGUGCCCCUGCAGCAACGCCGCCGCCCACCCCAGAGAAAGUGCUUCGCAGGCGGCAAGAUGGCAAUGGACUUGUCAUGGAAUUUUCAAUUGGAUGGGUCUUCUGAUCUUGACUGGGAGUUGAUCGAGAAAGCAGAUCGCUGCAAAUCAAGAUCCCGAUCACGGGAUCGCUCCAGGAAGUGUGCGCGGAAGGCAGCUGGACGCAGCAGCGCCGCUCGCAUCUCUCGCGGUUCUGAGCACGACACCUGGUCUGGGCUUACGGUGACGUCGGCCACGCGCAACCCGUCCGAGCACGUGACCGUCACGGUUGUGAUCUACAACGCAGUGAAGGGAGGUGUACCCAGUGCCGACGAUGUGAUGGCAGCGAUUGAUGAUUUGGAGUCUCUCUACCGGGCAUGCACAAAGACAGGUAAGUUGGUGGACAGCUCCUUUGACUUCAUGAAGCAGCCUCUGAAAGUGGAUGACAUGAUUGCCAUCUCGGCCAAAUCGGCCUUUCAACCACCUUCAGCGGUGGUUGGGUUUGACACGUUCCCAACAGCCUGA